AUAGUUCUUUUAUAUUUUUAUUUGCAGUUCCUGGCUUCUGCAAUGACAUAUCCACUCCAGGUUGUGUCUAACUGUAUGGCUGUGUCAGGGAGCGGAUUGGUUGCCGGAUCUCCCCCGAAUAUGCCCAUCUACGGUGGCUGGCUAGAUUGCUACCGUCAUUUACGACAAGUUCGUGGCUUGAAACGAGGAUCUUCCAUGUUGUGGCGUGCUUAUACUGGCCCCACAAUUAUGCUGGAUGGUGGUCUUGCUAUUCCUUCAUCAGACAUGUUUGCAGCACCCCUAACCUCUUAGCUGUCACUCUCUCUCUCUCUCUUUUUUUAGUAACUACAAAAUUUUAAUUAAAUUUAUUGCAGUAAAAGUACUCUAGGGUAUUACUAUAACUCAAGUAGACACCAGGAGGAGGUAGAAGUGUGCUAACUAAUACAGUACUAGAAAGAUUUAAUACUUCACUAUUUCAAAAUUAUAUUGUUUAGUCAAAGGAGUCUAUUUGGUGUAUAUAUUUAAGGGUUUGAUAGGAGUACCUAUAAAGGCCUGACAUAUUCAUGAUUUGCAUGCAAAAUCUUAAAACAAAAAUGCUUACACUCUUAAAUGUCUGUCUAACAAGAGGUAUUAAGGAAAUUGUUUAAUUAUUGAGACAAAUAUGUCGCCAAGAGCUUCUUGUAAAUUAUUCCACUUUAAUAUUUUCUGAACUAAUAUACAGUCCCUUGUACAGUAUAGAAGAAAAUAUUUUUUAUUAUUAUUUAUAAUUAUCCAUUUCUUGAAUUGUUUUCUCUGACUUUUUAUGGUGCAUCAAUAUGGGUGUAUCCGAGAGCAAGAGCAAAUGAGUUAUUAAAUGAAUCAACAAGCUGAUUGUAUACCUUGUUUAUCAGCUUUAGAGGAAAUGGGGAAGAUCUUAACAAGAGUGAGUUAUGCUGCCAUCAACAUUUAUUUUAUUCUUAAAUUUUUCAUGAUAAAUGAAAAUAAAUAUUUAUUGAUCACUAUCUGCCUCAUUAGUCACAUUACCUAUACAAAAUGGGUGCAAAUUUUCAUAAAUAUUAAAAUUUCACCAAGUAAUGGUUUUAUGAUUCGGUGUAGUGUAGUGUGUGGUGUAUUAAUAGGAAACAUGUCAAUACUUAAGAAAUUGUCAUUUUCGAUAUCUUUGGUACAGUAUGCACAUCCCUUCACAUUUUGUAAUAUAUGAAUACUUUGAUGUAUAAUUAUCAUAGAGAUUGUACAUAAAUUAUGGGUAAAGCUUUACAAAUCAUCAUAUGUAAUUAUUAACCAGCAGUUCAUUGGACACUGUGUAUUUACACUUCAACAUUUUAUGCACAUGCAUUGUAGAUAAAAAAUGUGAACCUC